UAAUGGAUCAUGAUUUCAGUGGCUUCUUCACAGCUCAAUAAAUUUUUUAAAUAUUUUAAGUCAAAAUUAUAUAAAAUUAGAAUUCGACUUUUUUAAAACCCGACAAAUAGAUAUUUUAGUUUAAAAUUUUGGACCGGCGCAAGAGCCACCCCCAUGGGUUCGUGGCGAAGCCGGAGACGCUGCCGGAUGGGUCCGUCAACCUCAUGGUCUGGAAGUGCGUCGUCCCCGGCAAGGAAGGCACUGAUUGGGAGGGUGGAUAUUUCCCAGUUACCCUCCACUUUACUGAAAAUUACCCGAGUAACCCUCCAACCUGCAAGUUUCCACGAAAGUUUUUACAUGUCAAUGUCUACGAUUCUGGGGAUGUAUGCCUGUCAAUACUUGGCGACGCAUGGAAGCCUUCCAUCACUAUGAGGCAAAUUCUUAUAGGCAUCCAGGACCUUCUAGAUAACCCAAAUCCAGCAUCCCCUGCACAGGAUUUGGCGUAUGAUCUCUUUACAGAGAAUAUGCCGGAGUACAGGAAACGUGUUCGUCAGCAGGCCCAGCGGUAUCCUUCGCUCCUGUAGCAUUGGGCUGUCUGCCACACACUUGGAGCUAACUAAGCACUCAUUUUGGUGGACCGAAACUUGUCAUGAUUGUGUUUAUGAUCACACACUGGAAUUGGCGACAUAGCCAUACGCUUAUUGGAUCUGCUAAAAUGCACUUGAACUGAAACACUUCUUGCUAAUUCUUAUCACCAUAAUGUUGUGCC